CUGUGUACAGAAUUUCCAUGUCUAUUACUCUUUUUUUCAAUUUCUGCACAAUUCUUCAGAGCUGAUCCGAUCUAAAUUCUCUCCACUUCAGGUAUCAUCUUCUUCGUGAAAUCUCUUCUUCUGUAAAUUCUUGCAUAUAUAUGGAGUGUUAGUGUUGUUUGCUUCUUCUUUACAAUGGGGUGUACGCAAUCGAAGAUCGAGAAUGAAGAAACUGUUAAUCGAUGCAAAGAGCGAAAGCAGUUCAUGAAAGAGGCUGUAUCUGCCCGCAACGCCUUUGCUGCAGCUCACUCUGCUUAUACUAUGUCCCUUAAGAACACUGGUGCUGCCCUCAGCGAUUACGCUCACGGUGAGGUUCAAUUUCCCUCUACUGCUGCCGUUGCCGCCGCCUCCUCCUCUUCUUCUCCCCUCCCCGGUGGUACUCCUCCCCUCUCUUCCGCCCCUAUAGACAUGCCUCCUCCACCUCCCUUACCGCCUUUUUCCAACACCUCUUUCCCAACUUCUCCUCUACAGCGUGCGGCCACCAUGCCCGAAAUCUCUAUCCCCACGCCCGACCCGAAACGAUCCGAUAUGAUUAUCGAGGAGGAGAACGAAGAUGAUAUGGAGACUGAAAGCACGCAUAGUUUAAGGCAUCGUAGUAGUAAAAGUAGCGGCGGAGGCGGCGGCGGAAUUGGGGGCAGAGGUUCAGCAUCUCAUCGACAGGGAAUCGAGGAUGAAGAAUUGCCGACGCCUCCUUCUCCACCUCGGACACUGCCGCAGAAUAAUCGAACGCCGCCUCCCCCACCACCUCCAGAUAACAAAGAGAUGGCCUCCAUGUCAUGGGAUUUCUUCUUUCCUUCAAUGGAAAAUGUACCAGGGCCAACUCUACAAGAGGUAGACGAGGGUAGGAUGGAAAGAGAGGAACUUGAGCGGAGGAUGAUGGAGGAAAGGGCCAAGAGGACUGAAAACAAUCGCCGCACUGAUGAAAGUGAAAGAGCAAGGAAAAAUGAGAUGCCAGAGGAGGCAGAGGUGAUGGAAACAGUAGAGGAGCCUCUGUCACAGCCACCUCCUCCGCCUCAGGCUGCUACGAAGGUUGUGAAAAGAGUGAAAAAUGUUGUUCCAGUAGAGAGUAAAAAGAAAGGAGGCCAAUUUAACCUUCUUCAGAUAUUCUCUGAGCUGGAUGAUUGUUUCCUUAAGGCGUCCCAGAGUGCUCACGAAGUAUCUAAGAUGCUUGAGGCAAAUAGAUUGCAUUAUCACUCAAAUUUUGCGGAUAAUAGAGGACACAUUGAUCAUUCUGCAAGGGUCAUGCGCGUCAUAACAUGGAAUAGGUCCUUUAGAGGUUUGCCAAAUGCCGAUGAUGAGUUGGAUGACUUUGAUUCAGAAGAACAUGAAACUCAUGCUACUGUGUUAGACAAGAUGCUUGCCUGGGAGAAAAAACUGUAUGAUGAAGUGAAGGCAGGAGAACAAAUGAAACUUGAAUAUCAAAGAAAGGUCGCUUCAUUGAAUAAGCUCAAGAAACGUGGUACAAAUACAGAAAGCUUGGAGAGAGUGAAAGCUACAGUAAGUCAUCUACACACAAGAUACAUUGUCGACAUGCAGUCGAUGGAUUCUACUGUUUCAGAGAUAAAUCGGUUACGUGAUGAGCAACUUUAUCCAAAAUUGGUUGAUUUGGUUAAUGGGAUGGCUAUAAUGUGGGAGACCAUGAAAGGAUAUCAUGUAAGUCAGUCUAAGAUUGUGCAAGCGCUGAAGUCUUUGGAUAUAUCUCAAUCCCCUAAAGAAACAACUGAGCACCAUCAUGAACGAACUUUGCAGUUGUAUGUUGUUGUCCAAGAGUGGCAUUCACAGUUUGACAAAUUGGUUAUCUACCAAAAACAGUAUAUCAAAGCUCUUAACAGUUGGUUAAAGCUAAAUCUUAUCCCUAUAGACACAAAUCUGAAAGAAAAGGUUUCAUCGCCACAAAGACCCCAAAAUCCACCAAUUUUGGCACUUAUACAUGCCUGGCACGAUUAUCUUGAGAAGCUUCCUGAUGAGUUGGCUAGAACUGCUAUUUAUAACUUUUCAGCUGUCAUAAAUACCAUCUUUGAAUACCAAAAGGAGGAGAUGAAGCUGAGGGACAGGUGUGAGGAUACUCGGAGAGAGCUCAACAAGAAGACUAGGCAAUAUGAGGAUUGGUAUCGCAAGCAUAUGCAGCGUAGAACCCCAGAUGAAAUAGAUCCAGAAUCGGCGCAGGAAGAUACUCUUGUGGUUGAUCGGCAGCUACAAUUAGAGGCGCUGAGGAAGAGGCUUGAGGACGAGGAGGACUCAUACCAGAGGCAAUGUCUUCAGGUGAGAGAUAAGUCUUUGACAAGCCUGAGAAGCCGCUUGCCUGAGCUUUUCGGGGCAAUGUCAGAAUUUUCUCUUGCCUGUGCAGAUAUGUACAGAGACUUAAGGUCUAUCGCAAAGCAUCGUAAUAGAAAUGGCAACACAUGAUUUUGAUGACACUGUAUACAAGUUGUAGUAUAAACCGUGUACUCGUUUGCAUUGCCCUUUGAUUGAUAGUUUAUUUCAUUGCUUGUACUGUUCUCGUAUAUGGAUCAAAGAAGAUUUGAGUUUACGGCAGAA